AUGCGGGUCACUGUCCUUGUCUCGGCCCUGCUUACUUUUUCCUCGUCUGCUCUCGCCACUUGCUACUUCCCCAAUGGCCAGAUAUCUCCUGCGGAUACUGCGUGCGAUCCCAGCGCCAUAGAAUCGUCUUGUUGCUACAAAAACCAAGCGUGUCUAUCCAAUGGGCUGUGCGUAUCCGACCCACAUAAUCCAGAAUUAGCCCGUCUUCAUCGAGGAACGUGUACGGACCAAUCUUGGAAAAGCGGAAACUGCGUGCGCUCAUGUCUCGAUACCGACAACAAUGGCGUGCCCGUCUACAGCUGCAACGUAACUGAUGUUGAUUCUUACUGCUGCUAUGACGACUGCAAAUGUGAACAGCCAUUCCAGGUCUUCUCAUUCAGCCCAUUGCCCGUCGACCUUCACACUGUCACCAUUAUCCGUGAAUCAUUUACUCAGACCUACUCGUCAAAGGCUACUGCUGCAACAUCGACUUCAAGUUUAGCUGUGUCUUCGACUUCAGGAACAUCUGCUAGUUCAAGCACACCAGCAUCUGUCUCUACAUUCUCUACAUCCGCGGCCUCUCGUGCCUCGGCCUCUCCUGUAUCGACACCCACUCAAACAGCCUCCGAAUCUAAGGGAGAAUCAUCGAACCAUGUUGCUCUUGGAGUAGGACUAGGUGUUGGUCUUGGUGUGGGUGUACCGGCCAUUCUCCUAGCUGCAUUCUUUCUAUUGCGUCGCAAAAAAGAAUACAGCCCGGCAAAUGGUGCCUCGUCUAUGUCAGACCCGGCCCACGAGAUCUACGAACCCAUGGCGCAUAAAUACGCCUACAACUAUACUGCGGAAGUUUCAGGAGUCUCUUCUGCGAGUGAAAUGCCUGCCACGAAUGACCAAGCCGUCGAGCUACCCAGCAACCAGCAACAUUCUUCGGACGCAGCAACAGGGCAAAAGUACCAUUAA